UUUCGUUCCAAUUUGAGCUUCAAAACAAGACUGAAAUUUGAAGAUCUGCACCUGCACGUCAAUCCCUUUCUUUGCAUGCGUAUGAAUAUUGAAGAUAUUCGGAAGCUUUUUCAGAUCAAGAUGGAUAAAUUGGGAACAUUAUUGGUUUUCAGUUUCAUAACGUUCUCUCUAUUACUCAUUUUCAGUGUUAAACACCAAAUCUCAAUCUUCGAUUUUGUUGCCGGAUUUCCCAACCGCAAUGUUACUUCUUCUUCAACCGUCUUGAAACAAGGAGCUUCAAAUAUUACGGUGUUGGGAGAUAAAGAUUAUCACAAGACACAAACGAUCUUAGAUAUUGACCAAAAGAAGGAUACAUCUCUAUCUUCUAUUAGCAUUGCUAAUGACCAAUUACUUGAUGGACUUCUAGUUUCUGCAUUCGAAGAAGCAUCGUGCUUAAGUAGGUAUCAAUCUCAUUUAUACCGCAAACCUUCCCCUUAUAAACCUUCCGCAUAUCUCAUAUCCAAGCUACGAAGCUAUGAAAAUCUUCAUACAACUUGUGGACCUCGUACAGAAUCAUACAAUAAAGUCAUGACAAAGGGCCCAAAACUUGGCACAAAUUGCAAAUAUCUUAUUUGGACAGCUUCCAAUGGAUUGGGGAACAGGAUGAUAACCUUGGCUGCGGCGUUUCUCUAUGCAAUACUCACGGACCGGGUUUUACUUGUCGAAUUUGGGGAUGACAUGUUUGGUCUCUUUUGUGAGCCAUUUCCUAAUUCCUCGUGGUUAUUACCAAGGAGUUUUCCUUAUUGGAAUGAUCAGAAAGAUAUUGAAACUUAUGAAAACAUGCUAAUGAAUAGCAAGAAAAACAGAUCAAAUGGGCUUUUGCCGCAAUUUCUCUUUCUUAAUCUACAGCACACCCGUGAUGGUCAUAACAAUUUCUUUCAUUGCGAUCAAAGUCAAGGUCUUCUCCAAAAUGUUUCCGUUCUAAUUUUAUCGUCGGAUCAAUAUUUUGUCCCUUCGCUUUUUAUGAUUCCAUCAUUUACGCAAGAACUAAACAAAAUGUUCCCUAGGAAAGACACCGUUUUUCACCAUUUGGGGCGUUACCUUUUCCACCCGUCCAAUGAGGCGUGGGAUCUAAUUAGCAGGUUCUAUGGGGAACACUUAUCCAAGGAAAAUGAGAAAAUUGGUUUGCAGAUUAGAGUAUUCAAAACUCACCGAGCACCACAUGAAACCAUUAUCAAAGAAAUUCUAGCUUGCACCCUUCAGCAUAAGCUGCUUCCAGAAUUCGGCGUGCAGAAGACAGUAGCGGCACCUCUUUUAAAAAAGCAAACAUCAAAAGCUGUUCUAGUGGCAUCUCUAUAUUCCGAAUAUGGCGAGAAGCUGAGGACUAUGUAUAAGGCAAAUACAACUGUGACCGGGGAGGUAAUAAAUGUUUAUCAGCCAAGUCAUGAAGGGCGUCAAAAAUCAAAUAAUGACACGCACAAUAUUCAAGCGUGGACGGAAAUAUAUCUGCUGAGUUUGUGUGAUGCACUGGUCACUAGCCCCAAGUCUACUUUUGGGUAUGUUGCUCAUAGUCUUGGAGGUUUAAAGCCAUGGAUUCGUCAGAGGGCAAAGGGGGAAACCAUCCCAAAUCCACCUUGUCGACGAGCCAAGUCCAUGGAGCCUUGUUUCCAUUAUCCUCCAAAGUAUAAUUGUAGGGCCAACAGCACAGUUGAUUUUACUUCCCUUUUUCAUCACAUGAAGCAUUGUGAAGAUGUAUCUAAAGGAUUGAGGUUGGUGAAUGCUGAUCAUUAGGUAACAAACUAUCAUCUCACUACAUAACUUCAAAAUUCUAUGUCAACCAUUUGUGUAACAUCAGUUCUUAUCUUAGUUACUGCAUUUUGUGCUACUAGUUUUUGCCAAUAGAUAGCACUGUGAUUAUAAUUCUAUGCUCUUAAAAUGAUAUGGAGUAGUUAGU